AUGGAAAUUUCCCCUAAGCUGACAAAUUCCUUAGAAUUUGCUGAAUCAAUACUCCUACCGAACUACAAAAAAUACGCCAAGCAUUGGCUUGCUAAUGCCACAAAGAAUGAAAUCAAAGGGCUGAAGAUAAUCAGCUACAUCAUCAAAUGUGAAGGGAAAAAACGUUUUAAACGUCCCUCUAUGAAACCUCGCAUUUCUGACCUAAGAGCUGCUGAAAACGACAUAAGAAAAGAAUCUAUGAGGUCUCAUUAUGAUAUAGAGUUUGGAGUCGAGCAGCUAAAGCAUAUUUCAGGCAGCGCAAUUCUGAGAUAUCGCAAGUUAUCUGAAUUAUCUUUUAGCACCAUCUUAACGAAAGAAGCUUUAAUCUAUUUGGAGCGCUGGAUACAGCUUAGAGAUAGCGAAGAAUAUCAGACGCUGCUUUUAAACUGCCUGAGAGGGAUUUAUUCUUGUAUAACAUUGUAAAUCAAUGAGAUAUAGACUAUUAUCAAUUUUAUAAAAAAAUGGGCAUAUAGAAUAGUAUAUUAAAAUUCAGCAAAAUCUGCCUGUGACUCAAACCCAAGAAUCGUUUUAUUGGUACUCAGCAGAAGACCAAGAGAGAGUCAAACAGAGCAAUCGGAAUUUUGUCCAAACGGCGCCUACAUUUUAUAAGAGAUCGAGAAGAGCAUUGAGCUCAAUUAACCCAGGAGACAUCACUUUUGAAAUUCCAGCUUAUGAUAGAUCAAUGUCUAAAGAAAGAAAACUUAGUGGACUGAGAGGGAAUGGAGAUUUUACAAGCUGGAUUUCUAAUUUAAAUACUGGGAAAGUUAGCUUGUAUCAAGACUCAUUUUCAACUCAUUUUUCACCUAUUAGAUCGGGAAGAAAAAGUGACUUUAAUACAUCAGUGAUUAUAAAGGUUGUCCCUUAA